UCAAAAUGAACGGAUUACUGCAUAUGCAUGGUCCAGCUGUCAAAAAGCUUUUAGGUUGGAAAAUUGGAGAAGACGAAGAAAAAUGGUGUGAGAAGGCUGUUGAGGCAUUGGUGAAAAAAUUAAAAAAGAAAAAUAAUGGAUGUGGAACCCUCGAAGAUCUGGAAUGUGUUCUAGCAAACCCAUGUACAAACUCAAGAUGCAUUACGAUAGCAAAAAGUUUAGACGGUCGGUUACAGGUAUCCCAUAAGAAAGGUCUUCCACAUGUGAUUUACUGUCGAGUAUGGCGGUGGCCGGAUAUAAGUUCUCCUCAUGAAUUACGUUCAAUUGAUACAUGCUCCUACCCAUAUGAAUCUAGUUCCAAAACCAUGUACAUCUGCAUUAAUCCAUAUCACUAUCAGAGAUUAUCACGACCACAAGGCUUAAAUUCUUCAAUGCCAUCACCACAACCAAUAUCAUCUCCAAACACUAUCUGGCAGUCUAGUGGAAGCUCAACGGCAUCUUGUGCAAGCUCGCCGAGCCCGUCGGUUUUUUCAGAAGAUGGAGGAGAAGUGCAAGUUCACCAGCGACCUCCACCGUUCCGUCAUCCCAAAUCCUGGGCCCAAAUUACGUAUUUUGAGUUGAAUUCGAGAGUUGGAGAAGUUUUUAAACUAGUGAAUCUGAGCAUUACAGUCGACGGAUAUACUAAUCCAUCAAAUUCAAAUACAAGAAUAUGUCUUGGACAAUUAACCAAUGUGAAUCGAAAUGGAACAAUUGAGAACACACGGAUGCAUAUUGGAAAAGGAAUUCAGCUUGAUAAUAAAGAAGAUCAAAUGCAUAUUAUGAUUACAAAUAACUCUGAUAUGCCAGUUUUUGUGCAAUCCAAAAAUACGAAUCUCAUGAUGAACAUGCCACUGGUCAAAGUCUGCCGAAUACCACCGCACAGUCAAUUAUGCGUUUUUGAGUUUAAUUUAUUUUUUCAAAUGUUGGAACAGUCGUGCAACGAUAGCGAUGGAUUGAAUGAACUCUCCAAACACUGUUUUAUUCGUAUUUCUUUUGUAAAGGGCUGGGGAGAAGAUUAUCCACGUCAAGACGUCACAUCCACGCCUUGCUGGCUUGAACUUCGGCUCAAUGUGCCACUGGCUUAUAUCGAUCAAAAAAUGAAGCAAACUCCAAGGACGAACUUGAUGGAACCAAAUUCAAUGACAUAAUGAUUUGUUAAAAACGCUUUCCUUCUCGCAACCACCUGAAUUCAGAAUUUACCUACUCUAAUGAUGAUACUUGUAACAUGUUUUACAUUUGCUGGUUCUUUUUAAUUAUGAAGAUUU